AUGCCCGUGACCUUUGCCCUCUUGCUCCUCCUGAGCCAGGCCACCACUGCAGACCCAUGUUACCAUCCAGGUGGCCGCCCCCGCUUCUGCCUCCCACCCGUGACCCGGCUGGCUGGCAUGGCGGCCUCCUGUCCCCAGGCCUGUGCCCUCUCCCUGGGGGCGGACCUCAGCCCCCGGGCCACCUGCAAUGGCAGUCUAACCCUGGCCCUGGGUGGCCCCUUCCUCCUGACGUCCAUCAGCCUGCGCUUCUGCACCCCAGGAUCCCCAGCCCUGGUCCUGUCUGCCGCCUGGGCCACCGGAGGUCCCUGGAGAUCACUGUGGCGCAGACCCGCCUGGCCUGGGGCCUUGGGGGGCCCCGAGAAGGUGACCUUCCGAGCCCCACCGGGCCCUAAAUCCAGCGUGGUGGUCAGUCACCUCCGCAUGGAGUUCGGGGGCCGGGCGGGGCUGGCGGCGGCUGGAGUGAGGGGCCGCUGCCAAUGCCACGGCCACACAGCCCGCUGUGCCGCCCGCGCCCGGCCCCCCCGCUGUCGCUGCCGCCACCACACCACCGGCCCCGGGUGCGAGAGUUGCCGCCCGUCCCAUCGAGACUGGCCCUGGCGGCCUGCCACGCCCUGGCACCCCCACCCUUGUCUGCCCUGCUCCUGCAACCAACACGCCCGACGCUGCAGGUUCAACUCGGAGCUCUUCCGGCUGUCCGGCGGCCGGAGCGGGGGUGUCUGUGAGCGGUGCCGUCACCACACGGCCGGGCGACACUGUCACUACUGCCAGCCGGGGUUCUGGAGGGACCCCAGCCAGCCCGUCACCAGCCGCAAGGCCUGCAGGGCCUGCCAGUGUCACCCGAUCGGGGCCACGGGGGGCAUCUGCAACCAAACCAGCGGGCAGUGCCCCUGCAAGUUGGGGGUCACCGGCCUCACGUGCAACCGCUGUGGUCCCGGCUACCAGCACAGCCGCUCUCCCCGGAUGCCCUGCCAGCGAAUUCCAGAGGCAACAACCCCCCUUGCUACUACCCCUGGUGCUUACAGCUCCGACCCUCAAUGUCAAAACUACUGCAAUGUCUCGGACACCAGGGUACACAUGAGCCUUCGGAGGUACUGCCAGCAGGACUACGUUCUCCGCGCGCAGGUGCUGGCGUCGGAGGCGGCGGGCCCGGCGUGGCAGCGGCUGGCUGUGCGCGUGCUGGCCGUGUACAAGCAGCGGGCGCGGCCGGUGCGCCGCGGCGGCCAGGACGCCUGGGUGCCCCGCGCCGACCUGGCCUGCGGCUGCUUGCGCCUGCAGCCCGACACCGACUACCUGCUGCUGGGCAGCGCGGCCGGCCGCCCCGACCCCGCGCGCCUGGUCCUCGACCGCCACGGCCUCGCGCUGCCCUGGAGGCCACGCUGGGCCCGGCCUCUGCGGCGGCUGCAGCUGGAGGAGCGCGCCGGGGGCUGCCGCGGCCUGCGGCCCCCCGCCCCAAGCCCAGGGCCGGAGCACCAGAACCGAACCUGGGCGCCUCUACUGCCGACGGAGGAACUUGGGAGCGACCGUGAGGUGAGCCUUCCACUUCGACGGCGCGUCCCUUAG